AAUGUGUUAGUUGCUGGAUCAGACACUAGUGCAUCUGUGAUAAUAUGGGCCAUGACAAUCUUGAUCAAGAAUCCGAAAGCCAUGAAGAAAGUUCAAGAAGAGAUCAGAAAUUUAAUGGGGAACAAAGACAUUGUAAAUGAAGAUGAUAUUCAAAAUAUGCCUUAUUUCAAAGCAGUGAUAAAAGAGACUUUAAGAUUAUUUCCACCAGUUCCACUCUUAAUACCAAGAGAAUCAAUGAAAAUAUCCACACUAGAAGGGUAUGAAUUUCAACCAAGAACUAUAGUUUAUGUUAACUCAUGGGCAAUUGCAAGAGAUCCUGAAAUAUGGGAAAAUCCAGAAGAAUUUAUGCCUGAGAGAUUCUUGAAUAGCGAUAUUGACUUCAAGGGACAGGAUUAUGAGUUUAUUCCGUUUGGAGCAGGAAGAAGAGGGUGUCCGGCCAUGGCACUUGGGGUUGCAUCUGUGGAACUUGCAUUAUCAAAUCUUCUUUAUGCAUUUGAUUGGGAGUUACCUUAUGGAUUGAAAAAGGAGGACAUUGACAUAAAUGGCAGGCCUGGAAUUACAGUGAAUAAGAAAAAUGACCUUUGCCUUAUCCCUAAAAAAUAUUUCUAAAUUACAUCCCAAAGUGAAUCUAAGGGGAGUCCUUGAAGUAAGGGAUCAAUUGCUUUCGACUCAAAUUAAUCACUUUGUCGUAUAAAGGAUUGUUUCUUUGUGCUUUGACAAUGGGUUUUUGAAGGGUUAUUCUG